AUGAACGUAAAAUUCUUGCUAUCCGCAGACAACAAAGAAAAUAUUUCUUCGAGGUCUUACUACAACCCAUUCAAGCUGAAAUCUUCAGUAAAAGUCUUGCAAUUUGGAGAAAACAAAAAUUUAUCGAUUGAUAUUGACCUACAGGACAGUGAAAAUCCUAAAUAUUUAGGGUGUUAUGCAAAAGAAAUAUUUAUACUAAUUUACCGUGAAUAGCAUUUUUAUUGAGCCAGAAACCAGCAGGCUUUGCCAAUUUGGCCAAAAAGUUCUCCUUGGUGGAUUAUUCUUCGUAAAUAAAUAUAGAAAUCUCAAACGAAUAGAAACGUCAUGCACUCCUCAGUAUGGCUAUAUAAAGCAGCAGUUCCAAAUCACAGAAAAAAUGCGAGCAAUUCUUAUAGACUGGAUAAUUGACGUUCAUAACAAGUUUCAGCUUAAGCCUGAAACUUUGUUUCUGACUGUAAAUCUUAUUGAUAGAUACUUAGAAAGGUCACAAAUAGCAAAAGAAAACCUUCAAUUGGUCGGGGUAACUGGCUUGUUUAUUGCUUGCAAAUAUGAAGAAAUAUAUGCACCAUAUGCAAAGGAUAUGGAAAAAGUUACAAGUAAUGCGUAUACAAAAAGCCAGAUUAUUGAUAUGGAAAGAAACAUGCUAAAAGUGCUGGAAUAUACUAAUUAUAUAUAAGAAUAACACUUAUUUUUGCUUAUAAAAAUAAAGACUUAAAUAGUUUAAUAGGAGAUAUAACAUUACAGUAACUUCUUCCUAUGAAUUUCUUGAAAGAUUUGCUCGAAUUGUGAUGAUGGAAAGCAGAGCUCAUAGCCUGGCAAGGUAUUUUAUAGAACUUUGCUUAUUAGACUGCAAAAUGAUAAAAUUCAGCUCAUCUACAAUGGCAGGAUCUGCUGUAUAUUUGUCUCACAAAAUGCUAAAAUUUAUGCCGGCUUGAGAUCAUAGACUAGAAGAGGAAAGCCAAUUGACAGAGAACGAUUUAAGAAACUGUGCAAGAGAGAUGUGCGGACUGAUCCAGGGGAUUAAAAAAACUGGAUUAGAAGCUAUAAUAAGGAAAUAUUCAUUACCUAAAUAUCAUGAGGUCGCAAAUAUCGAAAUGCUUAUGGUGAGGUAA